AUGUCGCCCGCCAUCCACCUCGACCCGCCUUUUCGCGCCGAACACAUUGGGUCGCUCCUCCGCCCCCCACAGCUGGUAGAGAAGCGCAUUCUGUUCGAGGAACACAAGUGUUCCGCUGAGGAGCUGAAGGCUCUCGAAGACGCGAGCAUCCCGGCGGUGGUCAAACUUCAAAAAGAAGCAGGUAUAAAGACAAUUACAGAUGGCGAGUUGCGCAGAGGUGCCUUCUAUCAGGGUAUAUUUGAGAAGCUGGGGGGCAUGUCGACAUUGCCCGCUAGGUCUCUUGAUACGUUUAAACCGUAUCUACCCUAUGUCGCCAUUUUCAAAGCCAUGGGACUGACUGAAUAUACCUCCAUCUAUUGCACGAGUAAGAUCAAGCGCACGAACGGAAUAUAUACGGAGGACUUCUUGUUUCUUAAGGGACUGGUUUCGUCAGAGGAGAUCAAACAUAUCAAAGUGACGAUUUGUGGCCCCACGUGGAUGCAUCUUCGUCAUGGCUCAGACCACACAUAUGAUAAAUCCGUCUAUCAGAGCGAUGCGGAGUACUUUGUGGACCUUAUCCAGGCGUAUCGUGAGGAGAUCGACGAGCUUUACCGGCUGGGCUGUCGUCACAUUCAAUUUGACGAUCCAACCUUCUGCUUCUUUUGUGCCGAAUCCAUGAUCUCUGGCAUGGUGCAAGCUGGAGUGGAUCAUGAGGCGCUGCUAAGCACCUAUAUCGGAGUUUAUAACGAUAUUCUGAAAGACCGGCCAGGAGACUUGACUGUGGGUCUGCACACAUGCAGAGGCAAUUUCAAGGGCAUGCACUACAGUGAAGGUAGCCUCGAUCGCAUCGCGGAGAAACUAUUUGGCGAUCUGAAUGUCGAUUGCUACUAUCUGGAAUACGACACCGAACGGGCAGGUGGGUUAGAACCACUACGCUACUUGCCACUUGGCAAAAUGGUGGUGUUGGGCUUGGUAACGUCGAGGACAGGGAAGCUCGAGACUACAGCGGAGCUGAAGGCACGGGUAAACCAGGCCGCUGAAAUAAUCUCCCAGGGCAGCCCCAGACGCUCUAUGGCCGACGCGCUGAACCAGCUCUGCAUAAGCCCACAGUGCGGCUUUGCCUCUGUGUUCGAGGGGAACCCCCUAAGCGAGCAGGAGGAGAAGAGCAAGCUGGAGCUGGUGGUGGAAGUUGCCAAGCAGAUUUGGGGGUGA